UGGCGCUGGUGGCGCCACCGCCGUCGCCAUUUUAUUUUAUGGAGUUUUUCGAAGCGAACGAGUCGCGUAUCGCGGUGUUGUAAAGUGUAAAGUCGUCGUUGAAUUUUGUUUAGCUGUGAUGCAAUAACGUCGUCUUCCGAAAGUUUGACCAUUGUUUUCGUCGUCGAGGAGGGUCUCGUUUACGAAGCAUGGCUGAUCCGACAACAGGAAGGGCAAGGGGCCGGUCAAGAGGCAGGGCAAGAGGAACAGUGCCACCUCCAGAGACAGUGCGCCGGCCUGGGGCGGGGGACGCCCCCCCUACAAUGGGAAUGGUGCAACCUCCAGCUCCCACGUACCAGCCUGGGCCGCAGGCCCCAUACCAACAGCAAUUCCAACAGCAGCAGGCAGUGCCACCUGCAGGCGCUGCUGCUGGCAGAGCCUUACAGCGAUCAGCGGUCCAACGACCAGGAGAGGGGACUGUCGCGGCAGCGUCUGCCCAGAUGGGAUCUCUCAGCAUGGGAGGCCCAGGGGGCGACACCGCAGGCAGAGGAGCCCGUCGUGGACGUCGUGACGAGAUCACGUUCCUGGCAACUAGACCUCAGCGUAUUACAGACAAAAGGGGCGAGAGUGGUGUCGGGGUUAAGCUCAUGUGCAACUACUUCCAGCUGGUGACCAUGCCUAAUUGGGCCAUUCAGCAGUAUCACGUGGAGUUCGCUCCCAAUAUUGAAUCGAGCCGCAUGAGGCGUGCUAUGUUAGGUGACCACCGUCAGCGUUUCGGUGGAAUGUACCUGUUCGACGGGAUGUCAGACCUGAAGAGCCCUGCUCGAAUGGAGCAGCCGGUCACGGAACUUUACUCUCAGCGCCGCAGUGACGGCGAAAAUAUUAGGAUAACUGUAAAACAUGUACAGGAGUUGGCACCGAACAACCCGGAACUGUUGCGCAUAUUCAACACACAGAUGCGGAGGAAUUUGGAGCACCUUCAGCUUGUACAGAUUCGAAGGCAGUACUUCGAUCAAACACGUCCCGAGAGAGUCGAGAGGCACAAACUUGAAGUAUGGGAAGGGCUCACCACAGCAAUAGGCCAGCACGACGGGGGCGUGCUGAUGGUGGUGGACACUGUCCACAAAGUCCUCCGGACGGACAAUGUCCUGGACAUGCUGAGGACACUUGCGACGAGAGGCCAGAAUUACAAGGACGAGGCGAUUAAGAGCAUCGUGGGCUGCAUCGUCAUGACCCGCUACAACAAUCGAACCUACCGUGUCGACGACAUUGACUGGUCGAAGAACCCGCAGCACACAUUCCAAAUGAAGGAGGCCCAAAUUUCAUACAUGCAGUAUUAUAAGCAGCAAUACGAGAAAGACAUCACAGAUCCGAACCAACCUUUGCUCGUGUGCCGUCCUAAAGAGCGUGACAUUGCUGUUGGGCGCACUGAUAACAUCUAUCUGAUUCCGGAGUUGUGCUUUCUCACAGGGCUCACCGAUGAGAUCCGUUCUAACUUCAAUAUUAUGAAGGAUCUUGCACAACACAUGAAACUGGAGCCUGCUAAGCGUGUUACCAAGCUGAGGGAGUUUAUGGCAAAUAUGAAGAGGAACGCACAAAUUGAGAGGGAGAUGGGGCAGUGGGGGCUCAAGUUUUCAGAGAACCUUCUUGAAGUAGACGGACGGCAAGUUAACCCUGAGCGGGUGAUAUUUGGUGGGAACCAGAAGGCCGAGGUGAACAGAAUGACUGCGGACUUUUCACGUGAAAUGCGCGACAAACACAUGUUCAAGGCAGUGUGUUUGAACAAGUGGGUGGUUGUGUGUCCUCGCCGAGACAUGCCGAAAGCGCAAGACUUCGUCCGUGACCUGAUGAGCGUAGGUCCUCCCAUGGGUGUUCGCAUACAACAGCCUCAGAUGAUUACGCUCGAAGACGACCGAGUCCACUCUUACAUAAACAGUCUGAAAGCUGUGUCAGGGGACACAGAGUUGUUGAUGGCUGUGUUUCCAAACAACAGGAAGGACCGCUAUGACAGCCUAAAGAAGUGUGCCUGUGUUGACAUGGGAUUGCCAACACAGGUCAUGCUGGGCAGGACACUCAUGAACAAGAACCUGAAAUCCGUCGCAACGAAGGUCGCAAUUCAGAUGAACUGUAAACUUGGAGGGGAAGCAUGGGCUGUGGAGAUACCCCUGUCUGGUACCAUGUGUGUGGGCUAUGACACUUACCACGACUCGAGACAGAAGGGCCUGUCGGCUGGGGGCUUUGUGGCUAGUCUGAACAGGAUGUUCACAAGGUGGUACUCCAGAGUAGGCUUUCACCAGACUCAUCAGGAACUCAGCAGUGCCCUCAAAACUCACCUUGCUCUGGCGCUCAAGGAGUACCAGAACGAGAACAACACACCGCCAGAACGGAUCCUGUUCUUCCGCGACGGUGUGUCUGAUGGGCAGCUCAUGCAGGUUCAGGAAUGGGAAGUCAUGCAAAUUGAGGGCAUUCUCAAUGAGCUGUACCCGGGCCGAGUGCCCCAGUUGGCAUUCGUUGUUGUCACCAAGAGGAUUGCUGCACGCUUCUUCGCAGUGUCCCGCGGCAGCUAUCAGAAUCCACUUCCUGGAACUGUGAUAGACAACGCUGUUACUCGUCCUGAGAGGUAUGACUUCUACCUCGUCUCUCAAAGCGUGAGGCAGGGCACUGUGGCCCCAACUCACUUCAACGUCAUCCAUGACACUACCUCACUGAAGCCAGAACAUAUGCAGAGGCUUUCAUAUAAACUGACUCAUUUGUAUUUCAACUGGCCGGGUACUAUCAGAGUGCCUGCUCCUUGUCAGUAUGCACACAAGCUAGCAUUCUUGGCAGGGCAGUCUCUCCAUGAUGAGCCACACAAGCGGCUGGCCUCAUCUCUUUUCUACCUCUGAGGCCCUGCAAGGGGCGUACUUAAUUUUUUGUUACUGCAAGUCACUUUUUCGAACAUGUUUGUACUCUUCGUUUUUCACCAGUGCCAGGAGUCACCAUCAAGCAUUUGUGCAUUGUGAAUAAAUAUCCAUCUUGUAUUUGUUCUGCAAA